AUGAGCGGCGCGGGGAGCGCGUGGAGGAGCCGCUGUGGACCCUAUAGUGUCUCGUGCCCAGGACGCGCGCUCAUACACCUCGCGCAGCACAAUGCUGGACACCAAGUUUUUAUCCACGCAAUGAAUUCCGCCAACGAAACCAGAGCGGAGAGAAGUACAGAACAUUACCUUUUUGCAGGUGGCACCUAUAAACUUCUCGCCUUUACCAUCGGGACCAUCGGAGUGUUCGGCUUCUGUAACAACGUUGUUGUCAUCAUACUCUACUGUAAAUUCAAGAGGCUGAGGACGCCCACUAAUUUGCUGCUGGUCAACAUAAGUUUGAGUGAUUUGCUGGUUUCUGUCAUCGGAAUAAACUUUACCUUUGCUGCGUGCGUCAAAGGCGGCUGGACCUGGAGCCAGGCGACAUGCGUCUGGGACGGCUUCAGCAACAGCUUAUUUGGUAUCGUUUCCAUCAUGACCCUGGCAGCGUUGGCCUAUGAACGCUACAUCCGGGUGGUCCAUGCCCAGGUGGUGGACUUCCCCUGGGCAUGGCGGGCCAUUGGCCACAUCUGGCUGUACUCGCUGGCCUGGACGGGGGCUCCUCUGCUGGGGUGGAACCGGUACACAUUGGAGAUCCAUCAGCUGGGCUGCUCCCUUGACUGGACAUCUAAGGACCCAAAUGAUGCCUCUUUCAUCCUCCUCUUCCUCCUGGCCUGUUUCUUUGUGCCUGUGGGCAUCAUGAUCUACUGCUAUGGAAACAUACUCUACACAGUGCAAAUGCUGCGCUCCAUCCAGGACCUCCAGACGGUUCAGAUCAUCAAGAUCUUGCGGUAUGAGAAGAAGGUGGCCGUUAUGUUUUUCCUGAUGAUUACCUGCUUCCUGGUGUGUUGGACGCCAUAUGCUGUUGUGUCCAUGUUGGAGGCUUUCGGCAGGACGAACAUGGUCUCUCCCACAGUGGCCAUCAUCCCCUCAUUCUUUGCCAAGUCCAGCACAGCCUACAACCCCCUCAUCUACGUGUUCAUGAGCAGAAAGUUCCGCCGCUGCUUGCUACAGCUACUGUGCUCGCGGCUCUCUUGGCUCCAGCACAGUCUCAAAGAGCGCCCCCUGGCUCCGGCCCAGCGGCGCCCCAUCCGACCGAUCGUGAUGUCCGGGUCAUGCAACGACAGAGACAGACCUAAGAAGAGGGUGACUUUCAGCUCCUCCUCUAUCGUUUUCAUCAUCACCAGCAAUGACUUCCACCAACUGGAUGUGACCUCCAAGGCUAGAGAGUCUGUGGAGGUUAAUGUCAUUCAAGUGAGGCCAUUGUGAUCCACAAGGACUGGACUUCUCACCCCACCACUCAGUAUGCCUUAGGACCUAACAUGCAAAUCCAUGCCAAAAAAAUCCUGUCUGACCUCCCUGGACUUUUUUGGUCUACACAGUUAUAGACUUCUUACAGCUACUUGUAAAUAUUCAACUGUCAGCCCAAGAUCUGAGCUAAACCUAUUUUCUGACAGUGUUUUGUCUAAACAGGUAGUAUGAAAGUGUGACAUCCUCAUCUACCAUCAACUGUGGUGAUAUUAGUGCAUAUUGAUGUAGUUAACAACUAGUAAUAUCAUGUUUCUCUUAGAACAAGUAUCACACUUAUUUGUCAAAUAUGCCACACUGUUUAUGUGACAACUGCAGAACUGUGUUAUGUUUUUAGAGGCCAGCGGUGUUAAAGACUUGAGUAUGGAUCAAAAUGUGUUAGCAGAUUUUUUUUGGUUGGUAACCAACUGCAAGUGUGUUUAAUGGAAAAUAAGCCUUAGCUCCUUAGCCAUAAACCACGAUACACAAACUGUCAUUGUUGUGUAUGGAUUCAAUAAAGAGAUCCUAUUUUAAGCUA